AUGGCUACUGUCAACAUUCGUCGCGAUGUCAGCGAUCCCUUCUACCGCUAUAAAAUGGAGCGCCUGCAGUCCAAGAUCGAGGGCAAGGGCAAUGGAAUCAAGACCGUCGUCGUCAACCUUAACUCGGUCGCCCAAUCGCUCAGCCGCCCGCCCGCCUAUGUGAUCAAGUAUUUUGGCUUCGAACUUGGUGCUCAGGCGAACGCCAAGCCCACCGAUGACCGCUGGAUCAUCAACGGUGCCCAUGAUGCCGGUAAACUUCAAGACUACCUUGACGGGUUUAUUUCCAAGUUCGUUCUUUGCAAGAAGUGCAAGAACCCCGAAACCGACGUCAGUAUCAAGGAUGACAAGAUCGUUCUGGACUGCAAAGCCUGCGGACAGCGUUCCGACGUUGAUCCCCGUCUGAAACUGAGCACCUUCAUUCUCCGGAACAACACCUCGACCAAGGGAGGGAAAAAAGACAAGGCAUCUAAGAAGGCCCGUCGUGAGCGGAACAAGGACAAGAAUGAUUCCACAACGAACGGAGAUAAUCAUAGCCCAGGAGACAGCAAUAACUCCGACAACGGUGACGCGGAGGAUGGGGAGGAAGCUCUGGCCGCGAACAGCGAUGAUGAACUUACUCGCCGUAUUCAAUCGGAUGCCCAGGGCAUUGAAGCGGAUAUCGAUGAUGAUCAAUGGGCUGUGGAUGUUUCCGAGGAGGCUGUCAAGGCUCGUGCUAAGGACCUGCCUUCAGAUCUAAAGCGCUCCCUCGUCCUUGACGACGGAGACGACGAGGCCGGAGCUGAUGGCCCGUCGGCCUAUGACGAGCUUGGUAGCUGGAUCCUUAGCAGUGCUGCUGAAAAAGGCGGUGCCGCUGAAGUGGACGAUGUGGAGAUCUACAUGAAGGCUAAGGAUUAUGGCAUCGAAUCUAAGCACAAGACCCUAGCCGUGCUUGCCCAAACCAUCUUUGAUGAGAAGAAGAUCACCAAGCAGAUCGCGUCUCGUGCCGCUCUUCUCAAGAAGCUGAUCACCUCGGAGCGCCAUGAGAAGGCUUUCUUGGGCGGUACCGAACGCUUUGUCGGCAAGGAUCAUCCGGAAUUGAUCUCUCAAAUUUCUCCCAUCCUACUCGGCUACUAUGAGAAUGAUAUCGUGUCUGAGGAAACCCUUAAGGCAUGGGGUUCCAAGGCCAGCAAGAAGUACGUCGAUAUUGCGACCAGUAAGAAGGUCCGCAAGGCCGCCGAGCCGUUCCUCAACUGGCUUGAAAAUGCUGAAAGUGAGGAUGAAAGUGAUGAUGAGUAG